UCGAUAUUCGGAGUUCUCCCGUCACUCCCGAACGCACAGCUGGUCGGUGGGCGAAAUCAGCGACGAGCGACGACACGUUCUACGUAAUAAACGAGGGAGUAACGAUGCGACAGAACGCGUGACGAGCUUGAGUAGACACAGAGACGUGCACUUGUCGCUAAACACCGUCCGUCCGCGUGCAUCGGAAAGGAAAGAAUUAUGCAAUUGCGUUCGACACACCCGUGUUACCGAAGGAUCAGAUGAAGGAGGCUGCCUUUCCUUUUACUUUCUCGACGUCUUGAAUCUGCGAUCAGAAUGGUUUCCCUCACGCGAAUCUCUUUCGUUACACUUCUCUAUGCUUUUUCAGCAAUUUUGAUGCACACGGCAGGCUCGCGCGUGCUCGAAUUGAGUGAUAGAUUUCUGGAUAUACACAAAGAUGGACAGUGGCUUGUCAUGAUGUAUGCGCCAUGGUGUGCACAUUGCAAGAGAUUGGAACCAGUUUGGUCUCAUGUCGCUCAACAUUUGCAUGCAACAUCAAUACGAGUGGGACGUGUGGAUUGUACUAGAUUUACCAGUGUGGCGACUUCAUUCAAAAUUAAAGGAUUUCCUACCAUUCUAUUUUUAAAGGGUGAUCAAGAACAUGUAUAUCACGGUGACAGAACUAGAGAUGAAAUAGUCAAAUUUGCUUUAAGAUUAAGCGGUCCCCCUGUGCAAGAGGUAACAAGACCUCAGAGCUUUGAUAUUAUAAAAAGAGAUCGGGAUCUCUAUUUCUUAUACGUAGGCAGUAGAUCUGGAGCUUUCUGGGAACUUUAUCACAAGACUGCAAAUGUAUUUCAAGCACAUGCAUUCUUUUAUCAAUCUCACCCGAACGUCGUAAAUAAACACGCGCCUGUAGAAAAUGUUCCGGCAGUAUUCGUGUACAAAGAAAGCUCGCAUUAUAAUUUCACUGGACACAACUUGAGUGACAUAGAAAAAAUGAACGAGACGCUUUACAAAUGGGUGAACGCGGAACGUUUCCCGACAUUUCCGAAAGUGACCAGAGGAAAUAUAAAUCAAUUAUUCUUAACAAAUAAAAAUCUCGUUUUAGCGGUAGUGGAAGAAAAUCAGUUAGAAGAGGUCGCGCCCGAUAUGCUGGAAUUUAGAGACAUGGUCGAGUCUGUGAUUAAGAGCAAACGAGAGAAAUAUCACGAUCAUUUUCAGUUUGGUUGGAUAGCUAGUCCCGAUCUAGUCAAUAGCAUAGCGAUGAUGGUACUACCUUUACCGAGCUUAAUUGUGAUAAACACAACUACUAAUCACCAUCACAUUCCCGAUGAUGAAACAGAGAAACUGACUCCGUACGUGAUAGAAUUGUUCCUAGAGCAGAUUCGCAAUGAAAGUGCUCCGCGAUACGGUGGAAACACUUGGAUAGUACGUAGUUAUAGAACUUGGUUUGAAUUGAAAACUACUCUGGCUUCAAUGUGGAAGGGCAAUCCUAUCUUAAUGACUGUAUUGGUCGGUUUACCAGUUGGAUUCUUGUCAUUAAUAUGUUAUGGUAUUUGCUGUCCAGAUAUCUUGGACGCGAAUGAUGAAGAAGAUGAAAAUGCUGGAGCGAGCCAUAUGAAGAAUGAUUAAAAAUCAUUAUGGAUAUAUAUUAUACAGAGAAUUUCGAGAUGCAAUUUUUUUAUUAUAUGUAGCGUACAUGAACGCUUAUGAUUAUGUAAUAUGUUCUUAAGAAAAAUUUGCCAAAACAGUUUUAAGAUUGUGAGAGUUUUUAUACAAUAAUGUAUAUCGCUAACAUUCCAUAUAUUUUUAUUUUUGGUAAACUCAUCUUUGUGUAUAUGUACUAAUUUCUUUUAUGAUUGUGUUGUAAAAAAAAAUCCCGAGACAAUACACCGAGUUAAGUGAGUAUGUACAUACUCGGAAAAAUUUGUCUUUUAACAAAAAGCUUUAAAAAAAAGAGAAUAUAAGAUAUAUCAAAAAUUUGUAUAUUAGACACGACUGUUCACGUAAUUUGUGAAAGAUUGUAUUAAGUAUCAAACAUUGUUUUUUUUAUAUAUAUAUAUGGAUGAAAUAACGUUAAUAUAUUUAGCAUCAUGUAAGUUGUGCGAAAUUGUUGUUUGUUGUAUUGUGUAGACUGCAAGCGUGAUUGUGUGAUUUCUUUUCGAGAAGGAAAAAUAAUCUCUUGCGUGUGUUAGGCGUUUGCUGAAUGUAUAUUUAUAUGUAUCGAAUAAAAAAAAUAUAAACUAAA